UUGCCAUGCCCAUUUUGAAUCUCUUCGAUUUGGGAAAAAGCUCGAACACUGCGAAAACUGAGCUGGGUGUGUUUUCACUUUGUCACUACCAAGAGCACCGGCCACGUCAGCAACUCCGGUGAGUCACCAUUUUCUGUAGCUCUAUAUAAACCCAAAGCUCCAAAAACCUUACAGAUCCAUCAUCAAUGGCGAUCAUAACCGAAGAGCAAGAGCAACAACAACCCAAAUCCCCAAAAAAAUCAAACUCCCAAACCCAAAAACCCAAACCCCACAAACCCAUUUCACCUCCAGCUUCCACUAACCCUUUCAGUUUUUGGUUUUACUUCACUCUCUUGGCCUCGCUCGCAACCUUCUUCUUUAUCUCAGUCUCUUAUCUAACCCCUCAUCAAGACCCCAAGUCUUGGUUUUUGAGUCUACCCAGUAAUUUUCGUCAGCAUUACUCUAAAGGUCGCAUUGUUAAGGUCCAAACGAGUCCAAAUCAAGCACCUAUUGAGGUAUUCACCGUUGAACAUGGUCCUGUAGCGUCUGAAAAUGUUGUUUUAGUUCAUGGUUUGGGUCUUAGUUCUUACUCAUUUCGUGAAGUUAUUAGGAUUUUGGGCUCAAAAGGGGUUCAUGUUGUUGCUAUUGAUUUCCCAGGAAAUGGGUUUUCGGAUAAGUCUGUGGAAGAGGUUGUUGAGGGAGGGAAUGGGAUUUUAGGGAGGUUUAUGGAUGUGUAUGAUGAAAUUCAAGAAAAGGGUCUGUUUUUUGCGUUUGAUAGGAUGAUUGAGACUGGUCAGAUUCCUUAUGAGGAGAUUGGGAACCGGGUUUCGAAGAGGAAGGUUGUUAGGCCAAUUGAAUUGGGUCCUGUGGAGAUGGGGAGGGUGUUGGGGCAAGUGGUGCAGACAAUGGGGUUGGCUCCUGUGCAUUUGGUUUUGCAUGAUUCGGGUUUGGGGUUGGGAUCAAAUUGGGUUCUGGAGAAUCCAAGCUUGGUGAGGAGUGUGACACUUGUUGAUACUAAUUCUAGAGGGGUAGGGGCGUUGCCUUUGUGUGUUUUGGAAUUCCCGGUGCUUAGAGAGCUCAUGUUGGGGGUUUCAUUUGUGUUUAGAAGUUUGAUUAAGAUGUGUUGUUCGAAGGGGAUUGGUGCUUUGGAUGUGGAGGCCAAUAGAGUUCUUUUGAGGGGAAGGGAUGGCAGGAGAGCAGUUGUGGGAACGGGGAAGAAGAUGAAUUUUAGCUUUGAUAUUGCUGAGUGGGGUGGUUCUGAGGGGUUAAAAGAUAUGCCAAUGCAAGUGCUCUGGUCUGGUGGUUGGUCCAAAGAAUGGAGUGAAGAGGGACGUCGUGUUGCUGAUGCACUUCCCCAGGCAGCUUUUGUCACGCAUUCUGGUGGGCGGUGGGCUCAGGAGGAUGCAGCUGAUGAACUAUCUGAGAAUAUUGUUCGGUUUGUAUCAUCAUUACCCAAAUCUGUGAGAAAAGUUGAGGAAGAGCCAAUCCCAGAGCAUAUUCAAAAGAUGUUAGAUGAAGCAAAAAACAGUGAUCAUCACCAUCACCAUCAUCAUGGUCAUGGUGGCCAUGAACAUCAUGAUGAUCAUGAUCAUGCUCAUGUUCAUGGGGCUGGUUAUAUGGAUGCAUAUGGGCUUGGCCAGGGAUGGUGAAGUUGGUGUUUUGCUUUCUGGAUCCAGAAUGGAAAGGUUUGCAUUUGCGCUAGAAGUUAGACCUGGGUCAUGGGAUUACCCUUUUCAUGGCAUAGAUGCUUUGUAAUUUUUUUUUUUGGAGAAGAUUGUAUUUCUAUGUGCUGCAAGAUAACACCAAAGAAGCUUGAAAUCAUAUAGGUUUUUAUUGUGAACUUUUCAAGCUGUAUUGUUGUAAGCUAUUUAUCAAGUGAACUGGAUUUAAGAUGGUCAAAUAUAAUGUUUCUGAUUACUUUUUCUAAA